AAAACCCCGUUGGCAAGUGAUAAAUCGCAGAUCAUUCUGAACAACCAAAGAUGAACUUCAAAGUAACAUUCGUGAUUGCUGUUUUGCUCGCCUGCGUCCUAACAACCUCCGGGCUUGCUCGCAGGAGACGACGAAUUGCAGGUAAAAUUGGUGGUGGAGUUGCCAAAACAGCAGCGGAAUUAGCAGCUGAACAAGCUCUUGAAUCUUCAACCGGUGGUGGCAGUUGGUCUCCAUGGACAAAAUGGAACCAGCAACGAAAAAUGGAAAAUGCUAUGAAUGACGAAAUGGAUGCUGAACUUCUCCUCAAUCUUUUGAAAGAAGAGUAAGCAUUCUUAUGCUUGGUCGCGGAAGAAUUACAAACCGCGUAUUACCGUGAUAAAUUCCGGAAAAUAAAUAAACACAAAAACAACA